AUGCAACCGAAGAAAACGAGUAGCGAUAGUGACAGCAUCCGAUUGUAUUAUCGCAUCCGUAUGUCGGUCAAUCAACCCGUGAGAGAAGAAGAGGGGAUAGAAAAAGCUGCGGCGCGUGGUGGUGGCGAUGGUAGUGGUGGCUCCGACGAUGGUGGUGGUCAUGGUGGUGAGGCUGGCGCGGUAGCGACAUACGUCCAGAGCGAGCGUCCAGAUCUGUCGCGUGCUGUGCGCUGCCGUGGAAUGGGACGGAAGCGGACACGGGGAUACCAAGCGGAACGGGACGACGGCGACGACGAUCUCGACGCGACGAAACGAGACGGAACGACGACGACGACGACGACGACGACGACGACGACGACGAGGACGUCAACGACAGUGACAGCCGCGGCUACCGACUAA